CCACUGGCCGCGGGCCGCACCCGGGGCUCGGGCGUUCGGCAUCCCUCCCCGUCGUAACUCAGCAGCGCCGCCGUCGCCGUGCACGCACCAGCGCCACGACUCGGCGCUUACCCAUCAAACAUUCAAACCCCACGACGCCGCCGGCCACGGCCACCGCUAGGGUUUUAGCCUCCUCCGAUGCCGCCGCCUCGCCGCGCGCUUGUCACAUCCCUCCUCCGCCUCCGCUCCUUCUCCUCCAUUGCCUAUCCUCAUCCCUACCCACCCGCGCCCCUGCGACGCCACCAGUUCGUCGCCGACCCCACCACCUCCACAAACCGUGGUGUCGUCGGGGGCAUCGGCGGCGUCGGUUCCGGGAACGGGAACAUCUUGGACCCGACGCAGCUCCUCCGCGACGACCCGGUGGCAAUCACCGCUUCCCUUUGGGUAUCCUCCUUCCGCGCCGCCGCCUCCACCUCCGGCUCUUGUACCCCCGCACCGCCGCAGCCACUCACCCCCUUCCUCUCGCGCCUGGAGCUGUGGGUGCUCGCCUACCAGAAGGCGUACGCUGACGAGACCGGUUCCUAUCUGCCGCGCUCCUCCAUCCCGGCCUCCACGCUCGCCUCCCUCCUCACGCUCCGCAACGCCGUACUCGACGGCCGCUUCCGCUUCGGCAACCGCCUCACCCCCAUCCUCCAGUCCCCGCGCGCCGCCAACGCGCCGGACCCUGCCACCCUCUCCAAGCGCAAGCUCCGCGCCCUCCUUACAACCCCCGGCCCAUCGCCCUUCCAGGACCGCGUCGUGCAGGAGCUGCUCCUACUCCUGCUCGAGCCCGUCUACGAAGCCAGGUUCUCGCCAAAGUCCUUCGCCUUCCGCCCAGGUCGAUCCCCGCAUGCCGCGAUUCGCACCAUCCGCCGCAGCUUUGCUCCGUACCUCUGGUAUAUCAAGGGCGACCUCUCCCCACUCCUGCACUCGCCUGAUCAUGCUCUCGUGGUCGGUGCGCUUAUCCGUGAUGUGCGUGAUAAAAAAGUGGUUGAUUUGAUCCGUUCGGCCCUGCUCACCCCGGUGGUGACCGCAAGCGAUGAUGCUGCAGUGAAGAAGAAGAAGACCAAGAGGAAAUACCAGAAGAAGAAGGUGCUGCCAGAGGGGGAGCCGAAGCCUGAUCCUUACUGGUUGCAGACGUUUUUUGGGUUUGCACCAGAGGAAGCACAGACACAGCCUGAUUGGGGCCAUUGUGGGGUGCUGAGCCCGUUGCUUGCCAAUGUGUGCCUGGAUGAGUUUGAUAAGUGGAUGGAAGAGAGGAUUAAGGAGUUUUACAAGCCAUCCAAGUCCGAUGUUGUGGGAGGGGAUGAUGGUAUUGAGCAGGGCAAUACAUCAUGGCCAGAGUUUGUCCCCACGACUGGCCCUGACAAGACAAGGAAGGUGGACUACAUUCGAUACGGCGGGCAUUUCUUGAUUGGUGUGAGGGGGCCAAGAGCGGAUGCGGCGGUGCUCCGGAAGCAGCUAGUUGAGUUUUGUGAUCAGCGAUUCAGGAUCAAACUUGAUAACGAGAGCCUCCCUAUUGAGCACAUCACAAAAGGAGUCAUGUUCCUUGACCAUGUGCUGUGCCGUCGAGUUGUGUACCCAACACUGCGUUACACUGCUACAGGAGGCAAGAUCAUUAGUGAGAAGGGAGUUGGUACACUGCUCUCAGUGACAGCUAGUCUGAAGCAGUGCAUCAAACAAUUCCGGAAGCUUGAGUUUUUGAAAGGAGACCGCGAACCCGAUCCACAACCAUGCUUCCGUAUGUUCCACGCCACACAAUCUCACACAAAUUCGCAGAUGAAUAAGCUUUUACUGACGAUGGCAGAGUGGUAUCGCUACGCUGAUAACCGCAAGAAGGUUGUCAACUUCUGCUCUUACAUUAUAAGGGGGUCACUGGCAAAGUUAUAUGCUGCCAAGUACAAGUUGCGGUCAAGGGCAAAGGUCUAUAAGAUCGCGUCAAGAAAUCUUAGUCGGCCAUUGAAGGAUAAGAAAGGCCAGUCGCCAGAGUAUCACAAUUUGCUGAGAAUGGGCCUAGUUGAUUCAAUUGAUGGUCUUCAGUAUACAAGGAUGUCGAUGGUUCCUGAUCCUGAUUACACGCCGUUACCAUUUGGAUGGCGGCCAGAUCAUGAGAAGAUUUUGCUGGAGUACAUAAAGCUCACAGAUCAACAGACAUUGGAAGAGCAGAGAAACUGCAUCAGGGAGGACGGGCUUAUAACACCACAGGACAAUAUUUCGAUGCUUGUAUGGGGCUACAAGAAAAAUGCUGUUUUACUUCCUUCAAAAGUGAGUGAUGCCCAAGGAUCCACAGAGGACCUUGGUUCAGAUACCGAUGAAUUGGAUGAAAAAGAGCUAGGAAAUGAGGGUAACCAAAGUUUCCAAAAGCUUGCUGAAAUGUCAUGAGUUUUGGCAAACUCUGUAGUGUUCCCAAGGGGUAUUUGACUCGUUGACUGGAUGGUUGGUUUGUGACUUUGAAAACACAAAACCAUCUGCUAGUUCUUUGCUGACUGCUUUGUGCUGGAACAGUAGUUGCAAAAUCAAGGGAUGAUUCUGAGCCUCCUUUGCUUAUUACUUGCGAAGGACUUGAAUAUGCAGCUAUAAGCAGGCCUCUACCAAUUAUACGUGGGCGAGCACUAUUUAAACUGAAGAUAUCUCAGUUACCACGAUCGUCCUCCUCGUCACCAUCGCCCCUGCCAUCCACGUCGGCGCCGCCGGACCAGAUGUCCUCCUCGUCGCUACCCCAGCCGUCUGCCUCGUCGUCGCCGCCCCAGCCAUCUGCCUCGGCUCCACUGCAAUAGCCAUAUGCCUUGGCGCCACUGCCCCAGCCGUCUUCCUCGGCGGCCUGCUCCUCACUGCCUUGUCGUGAUCAAGAUGCCCCCUAGAAGGAUGGUUGGGCCGAGGACGCUCACGGAUCUUGGUGGGGCCAUGCAGGGUGUACCUUUCAACUGUCAAAGAAUGAACACCCACAUGUGUACUGGUUCUGGAGGAACAAAAGGAUCCAAGAAAGUGCUAGCACCUAAUGCAGAAGACCAAGUUGGUAGAAUAACUAGGUAGAAGACAAAGGAACUAUCCUUAGCUGAGAAAGAUCUACAUGGUUCAACUACAAAUACAGAAGAGCACACAUUGAUUUUUGCCAAUUGUCCUGCACAACAUGAUGACGAGAUUCAAAUCUGUGAUGAAGGCCAAACAGAUGCCAUGACAGAUAAAUGGAUAAGGGGAAAAAGUAUGGGCAUGCAAUUGGAACGGAUAAGCCGAGGCUUAAACACAGAUUCCACUGGUCAUCACUGAAGGCAAGAGACGUCCAGAGUUAGAAAAGAUCAAUGAUCUGCAAAAAGGAAUAGAUGAUACUAAUGCUCUCCUUCUCUUUAGCCUCAAUAAGAAGUUGGUCGAUUCAUUUUAGUGUGGUCCUUGUAUCUCAUAUUGCUGUUGUAUGGCCCUGAUUUUGCUGUCCUUUUGGUACUGUCCUUAGCACUCUACUUGAUGCUUGUUUGAUGAAACAUGAUGCUAGUUUUGAAAAUUUUGAAGGGCUUGGUUCUUGAUAAAUGAUAUCUAUGAUAUAUGUUGCUAA